AUGAUGAGGCAUUCCCAAGCUCUCUCGCAGCUCGCCGUCCUCCUCCUCCUCUUCCUCCUCGUCUCAUCCAGCGCCGCUUCCACUCUAGACGACACCUGCAAGUCCGUCAGCGCGAGCAACAGGGACCUCGGCUACGACUACUGCGUCAAGUUCUUCAAGGCGUGCAAGGACAGCGCCACCGCGGACAAGCGCGGCCUGGCCGUCAUCGCCACGAAGAUCAUCCGAGCGGCAGCCGUGAACACCGGCAGGCGCAUCGCCACCAUCAAGGCCUCGCACGGGGACGACAGGAGGAUCCAGGGCCCGCUCGCCGACUGCGACGAGCUGUACUCGAGCGCCGUGGACCAGCUCGACGCGGCGGCGAGGGGCAUCUCGUCGGGGAAGUUCCAGGACGCCCUGACGAACCUCAGCGCCGCUGCGGACGCGCCACAGACCUGCGAGGAAGGGUUUCGCGAGCUGGGCGUGAGUUCGCCGCUGGCCGACGAGGACUCCAAGUUCAGUAAGGAGUGCUCCAUCGCUCUCGCUGUAACGAACACGUUUGGAUUUUUAUUGUUCUUAAGUAGUGAUCUAAACGCUCUUAUAUUAAUUUAUGAAAAGUGUGAAAGAGAUCUGGCGGCAUGGGAUGAGAUGCCCACGCGCGGCACGCUACCGAAUUUUGUACGCAAGAGAUGCUUGCCAGACAAGUGCAAGAUUAUAUUACUGUUGGCAAUCAAAUACGCCCACACGUAUUAG